AUGUCAUUUUGGCCAUUCACCAAUGCCUUAAAUAGCAACAAUACCUUACACAAGUUUCUUGAUUCCAUUAAAGAUUACAGUUUAAUUAAUGUUGAUGAUUUAUUGACAGACCCGCAACUACAACAAGAAUUGUUAAAUGAACUUAAUAGUGUAAGGGGAAGUUAUAAUUCCAAGACUGGAGGAUCAGGUCUUCAAUUCCUGCUGCAAGCAAAUACAGAUAAUACACAAGGAUCAACAACCACUACUGGAACAAUUGGAUCUGAUUCUAUAUCGGUAACUUCCUCCAAUAAUGACCCUGGCAAUGUAUCAUCUAAAGAAAGUAAGGGGACAAAACUAAUUGAAUUGUUAAUACAACCUCAUAUCUUGAAUGGAUUGAUUGAAUACUUGGAAAAGGGUGUUGAUUUCUUCUAUGAGCAAAGUAUAAAGGAAGAGACAAACUUGCAGAAACUUUUGGAUAAUGAACAAAAGCAAUCUGAUGAUAAUGACUUGGAUAUCGAAGAAGACGUAAAGAGUCUACAAAGGGAGGAAGAAGAGGAAACUGAGAACGAAACUUCAGAUGAAAAAUUCCGUCGUUGUGUACAAGCUGCAUCUGAUGUAUUAUCAAUUGACUUGUGGAUUAUACUGAAUAGAAUCAUUGAGACUCCAAGUAUCAUGGGAAGAUUAUGGCUGCUUCUUAAAAUGAAGAAUCUAUUUGAAAGUUCUCCAGCAGUGGCAGAUUUAGUGCAUAUAUUAGAUCAAUUAAUGGAUACAAACAGUAUAGAAUUCUUAAAUUUCGUCCGAAGACAAGAUGAUCUAGUUGAUGUAUUUUUAGAUAAGAUAGAGGUACCUAUAUUAAUGGACUUUUUCUUCAGAAUCAUACAAACAGAUAAACCAGAUUCACCUACAGGCAUAUUAGAAACAAUUUCCCAACAAGACCUUAUUACCAAAUUAAUAGACAUUUUGAAACCAGAUCCAUCUCAAUUUCAACAACAUUGUAGUAUUCCAAAUCAUCAAUUAUUCUUUAAACAAACCGCAGCAACAGACUUUUUAAAAGCAUUGGUUACAAUAUCUUCCAAUGCCGCAUUGGCAGUAGUUCUAGAAACAAAUAUAGGACCAAAUCAAUUAACAAGAGAAUUAGUUUCUCCGAAAGUCAUCAAUACUAUGAUUAACGAGAUUAUGCUUGUCAAAGUCAAAGAUAAAGAUGGAAACAUGCAAACGAAUAAGCAUGGAAUUAAUAAUUGUGUUAGUAUUAUUAUAGAACUUAUUAGGAAAAAUAAUUCAGAUUAUGAUUUAAAUUGUGGUUCAUAUAGUUCCCUUCUUCAAAAUAGUGAUGGUGGACCAGGUGAAAUUAAUUCAUAUGUUAUGUUUCAGUGGUUAAAAGAUUUUGAUCAAAAUCCACCUGGACCUAGAGAUCCAAUAUAUUUAGGGGAUAUGUUAUACAUUUUCUCCGAGAAUUUGGAAAAAUUUGAAGAAUUGAUUCAAUUGGAACCUAUCCCUUCUGGCAAACAACAACAACAAGGAUCAAAAAACUCUACGAUUUUAGGAUUUACUAGAUUUAAAGUUUCUGAAUUAAUUGCCGAAUUAUUGCAUUGUUCAAAUAUGAUUUUACUUAAUUCUAAACGAAUCAGAAAAAUUAUUCAUAUAAGAGAUUAUAUCAGAUUGCAACAAAAUAAGCGAUUGAAAAAGGCAUUGAAUGAUACAAUAUCCUUCCCCGAUUCUCCAAAUGUUUCCGAUGUAACCUCGGGUCUCGAUGAUGUGUCUUUAGACGAUAUUCAUUUUGAGCAUACUGGUAACGAAACAAUAAAUGAUUAUAAGGUAUUAUUAGAAAAAUUGGAAACUGGUGAAGAUUCAGAAGAUGAAGAGCCAUCAAUCUCUCCCGAAAAUCCAUUUGUAUGUGUUGAAAGAGAUGCAAAUAUUAGACUGGAUCCAUGUUGUGGUGAUUUCUUUAAGAUUAAAUUAAUUGAUCUGAAAAUAUUAUAUGAUAUUGUGAAAAUGUUUACGAAAUAUCCUUGGAACAAUUUCUUUCAUAAUGUUGUAUUUGAUUUAAUUCAACAAAUAUUUAAUGGGAAGUUAAAUUCAUAUAAUUCAUUUUUAAUUGUUGAAUUGUUCAAACCGGAUAGAUGUUUUUUAACAGAUACUAUAGUAAAGGCAUACAAAAAGGAGCAAGUGCCUAGACCAGGUUAUAUGGGACAUUUGAUUUUAGUAAGUGAAGAAAUUGUCAAGUUUUCAUCCCUUUAUAAACCAGAUCUUAUCUCUCCCGUGAUUGUGAAGGCAGUUCAUUCAAAAGAUUGGAAUUGGUUUGUGAAUGAAAUUCUAUUAAAGACAAGAGAGGUAUACAACGUUAUUCUUGGAGCUGAACAAGAGGAUGAGGGUGAAGAUGAAGAGGAAGAAAAUGAAUAUGGAUUUGAUUCAUCUACUGUUGGAUAUUUAGAUAUUGACGAACCAAAGAAACAGCCAAUAAUAUUGGGUGAUAGUUCGAAUCAUGCUGACUUUAUAGAAGAUGAGCGUUCUGGGAACAAAGACGCUGGAUCUGAUGAACCAGAUCGAGAAGGAGGCUUGUCUCCAAGUCAAGACAUUGAUAUGGAAGAGGAAGAGAAAGGACAAGAGCAACCGGCAUCUGACAACAAGACUGGCAAGAAGGAUAAAGACCUUUAUUCAUUUUUAGAUGAAGGAGACUUUUCUGAUGAAGAAGAAGAGGAAGAAGAAAACAACAAAUUAAGGAGAGUACGGAAACAUAAUGAAUCAUAA